AUGGAUUCCUCUGCCUCCGCCUCCUUUUGGACGUUUGCUGCCUCCUCGGCCUCGGGGGGUAGUCCAUCGUCAUAUGCGUUUGCAGGUGGAGAUCGCGUUGUAGAGGAGCUGCGUGCAGGCAACACUUCUCCUGUCCUGUGGUUUUGCUUUCUCGCUGACUUCGAAACGGGCGCCUCUCGGGUGUAUGGCUUUCCUAUAAGGCUUACCGCUGGUGCUGCGAGGUCCCACGAACGCGCAAGCAUCAGCACUAAGAGCAUCCAGACCAGCGCCUUACGGAUUUCGUUGGACUUGUCUAUCGCUCCGCGGGAGCAGCUUUACCCAUCCCUUGAGGCUCUCCAAGGGUCUCAGAUGGUCCCUGCUGCUGCAACGGGAGAAGCAGCAGCCGCAGCGGCUGCUGCGUUGGCGACAGCAGUUGCAGAAGGCAAGGCUCCGCACCCCUUUUUUGCCGUCGAGGAAGCAACCGACAUGCUAGCCCUUUUAAAUAGCGGCGCCAUGCUGCUCGUACAUCCAGAUGAUCUCGCACUCCCUCCCUCUGCAGGAGCAACGACAAAAACGGCAACACCGGAGAAAUUGGCAGCGCUCCCAAGAAAGGUGGAACUGACCAUUGAGGAAGAGCUCCAAAAGGAGCGCAUGCGCAAAAGGACUGCGGGCAUCGCAAAGUUUGGCUGGGAUGCCCAGGGGCAUCGGCUUCUUCUCUCCAACGCACGAGGCAUUUGGGCAACUGAGGCUCCGAAGGCCAUUCAGACGCUAAUGCGACAGCUGCCUCCGCCAUCGAGUUGCUCAACCGUGGAAACUCCAGGCAAGAUUGACGCCGAAGAAGAACCCCGGCAGCAGGGGCCUGCACACGCUGUCGCUCAGGUGCUCGCACUGAGAAAUCUUGUGCCGCGGCGCAGCUGGUCCCCUGACGCCCCUCCUGACCUAAGCAGCAGCAGCGCUGCAGGAGAGCAGGAUCAGCAGGAGCCUUCAACAGCAACAAAGGCUGCCGCUGAGACGCUUAUCCAUCCCAGCGGACGGUUUGGGGGGGCCCCCAGCGCAGCCUGUCUGAUGGAGAGGGGCUCAAGCGAGGCACCUGUGCUUGACUGUUCGUACAGUCCGUGUGGCAGGUUGGUGGCCUUCGUGCAGAAAGGUGACAUCCAUUUGCUCCUCCCGAAUCCUGAGGAGGCUAACGCUACUACUAAAACGCAUCCAACUACAGAACCAAGGCGGAAAACGCCACACAAGGGAGGACCUCGUUGCAGCACCAGCAGCGGCGGCGGGAAACCGAGAGGAAUUCGCUGCCGCGUGACUGCGUCCCCCCCAGAAUGCGUCAGUGGUCUCGCUGAAUACGUCGCUCAGGAGGAAAUGAGCCGGAUGGAAGGUUACUGGUGGUCUCCCGAUGGCCAAUUUCUAGCAUUUGUGGAGUUCACCGAGGCGCAUAUCUCCCCUGUGCGGCUCCAGCGCGUGCUGCAGCCGCCACAGAAGCCGCAAGAGCAGCAGAUGCUGAAGGAGCAGCUUGAGCAGCAGGAGGAGAGGAUUGCUGCUGUUCUUGAAAACGAGCACCAACAGCCUCGGCAGAAGGAAUUGGGCCUGCAAAAAGAGGGAGAGGUGCAGCAACCGAAGAAGAGGCGCCUUGCCUCCUCCCCUGAGGCUCGCAAGGGCGGACUCCACGGAUCGUCAAAGGUGCCGUCCAGCAACAGCAACGGCCAGAGCAGCAAGGGGUUUCUUGUGACAGAGGAACAUCGGUUUCCGUUUUCUGGGCAGCCGAACGUCAAGGCCAGAAUUGCCAUCUUGCAGGUGCCGGAGGUGCCUUCCCUUGUGACAGCAGCAGAUAGCGCACUGGCAAAUGGAGCUACCAUGGCAGCCGAUGGUGUUGUCACCAUCCCAUGCUGCCCGCGCUGUCGCAGCCGCUGCCGGUGCAGCGGCUCUGUGGGGACUGCAGGCACCUCCCGCCUCGGCGGAAAAGAUAAGCCACCCAUGGCCUCUACCAACAGCAGCAGCUACAGCAAAGUGUGCAGCGGCGUGCGGUACGUGGACCUCCCCGUGUCUGACUGGAACAACGACUUUUACGUUGCGAGGGCGCAGUGGCUACGGCUGCGCACAUGGCAGCAGCUAGAGGCUCUUAAGCUGCUAUCCCACGAGGAAGCAAAUUUACUGCAGAAGCAACAGCAGUCGCAGCAGCGGCCGGUGCCGAGACAGCGAAAUAAAAAGCAGGAACAUUGCCAGAGGCAGCAGCACAAGCAAGAAGAGCGCCCCCCACCAGUGCUUGUGUUGCAGCUGCAAGACAGGCUGCAGCAUGAAGUUCGGAUUUGUGUAGCCUUGCCUGUCCCGGCCCCUCUCGUGAAGAGCAGCACCAGCAAACAGCAGCCGCAGGAGCUGAGGUGUGUGUGCUGCUUCAAAGAGCAGCGCAACACCUGGGUCGAUCUUCACAAGGAUUUCUUCCAGCUGGAGACCUCCCUUUUCUACACAUGGACAUCCGACAGGCAUCAGUACAACCAACUCUACCUUCAGCACUUGACGCGGCCUGAUGUUUCUUUCCGGAUACUUCCCGAGGGGAAUGGCUUGAGGGUUGCAUCUCUCUUGGUUCCCCCCCAAAACUACGCCCCCUUCUUUGAAGCCUCCCGGAGAGCUGCAGCGGCUACCGCCGCUGCUGCGGAAGGGACUGCAGGAGCACUGGUGCCGUCGGAAGUGCCGUCUGCAGACGAAGAUGACAUUUACUUUUUUCUGCGAGUAAUUCCCCAGAUACCGGAGGAAGUCCAGAGCAACAGCACAAGCAAGCACAACAAAAGUAGCUCGCUGGCAGGAGACCUGGCUCCUCUCUCUAGUCACAUCGUCUGCGCGCGGUUGAAGAGACAGACGCUUAAAUCAAUCAGCGAAGAUCUCGCACGAUCAGGGCUUGCAGCGAACGAGCACCCCAAGGUAGUGGACCUGAAUUGCCCCUUUAUUUUUCUUUCCAACCCCGAAGUGAACGGCCAGCACGCGGCGCACUUCUGUGAAGGCCUCCCUCUGUGGAUUCAUACGCAUCACUCUAUCAACAACCCUAGGCAACUCUGGGUGCGGUACAUGCCCAACAUACGGGAGCUGUUUGAUGCUGACGCUCGCGAAGAGCGCCUGUACUCCGGAUGCCCCGACACCAAAAGGGAAGAAGGCACGACUUAUGAAGACGAAAAGCUUUGCUACACUCUUGAGGCUGCAGCAGAAUACACGCAUCAAGUACUCCAGAGGCAACACAAUGAAAAGCCGCGGCCAAUGGAAAUCCCCAUGAUCAUUCGCGCUGGCUUGCGCAACUUCUCAUACCUCUACCCCCAAGCAGCAGGUUGUGGUCAGGUGCUCUUUGAAAGCCAGCACCAACAGACCCUGUUCUUGCGGGUCCUGAGUUCGCUGAGAACUCCACAGUUUUUCGCGCUACAGCAGAAUAAGCACAAAAUCCUGGGCGCCUAUUAUCUUCCUGAUCCGACUACACACGGACCGCCGCCAUACCGCGGGGUCGUCGCGUGCUACGGUGGGCCUUCGGUACAAUUCGUCUCCAACAGUUGGGAGCUGCGCACAGACCCAAGAGCCAAUGCCCUUGCCAGACUCGGUUUGUUAGUGAUCAAGACAGAUAACAGAGGCAGCCAUAGCCGUACUUCUUCAUUUGAGAAGAGCAUCUGCCUCCUUUUAGGUCAUCGCGAGGCUGAGGAUCAGGCAGCCGCAUGCAAACACCUCAGUAACGAGGGGCUUCUCAUGCUUAACAAAAGCAGCGAGAACAGCAGUAUAGAGGGCGACAGGGAGCUAACUAAGGGUGUGGGGAUUUAUGGUGUGAGCUACGGCGGCUUUUUGAGCUGCAUGGCGCACUUCCUGCACCCUGAGAUUUUCUCCGCCGCAUUCAUUGUCGCCCCAGUCACCUUCUGGGAGGGAUACUCGACACACUACUCAGAGAGGUACCUCUCGCUGCCCUCUCUAAACCCUUCCGGGUACUGCCUCUCUUCAGUCCUUCCAUUCGUUCCUACUCAGCGGCAACCUGGAGGGCGAAUCCUGCUGAUGCACGGGGCAGCAGAUGAAAAUGUUCUUCUGCAACACUCCUUAGUCUUGGUGGAUGCUCUCAUUAAGCAACAGGUUCCAUUUGAAUUCGUGUGCCUGCCUUCCUCUCGACAUGGUCCAUCAUCGCCCCCGGACGUUGCACACCUCCGCACCCGCCUGCUCACGUUCUUCGCGGAGGCGCUGCUCCCCAAAGAAAAGCGGCCUGGGCCUCCGAACGUACAAAGUGUGCAAACUGGCAGAGAUUAUACCACUCCUCCAGCUAUACAUAUCGCUGCCGUGUUCGAGUGCAAUACACAAGGCGCACCUGUGUGCUCAGGCGGCCUUACUCCUGACAAUAGCUGCACAGGCAGGAUUAAGAAUAAUCCAACCUUUGCCGGAACGGGUUCGGCAUGGGCUGCAGCUUUGUUGAGGGCUUCCUCUUUGCUCACAGUUGAAGGCACAAGGCAACGACGGUAA